UGAAGAAGAUUUAAAUAUAAUAAACUUUUAUAUAAAAACUUUUACAAUUUUUGUACAGCGUUUAACUGCGCAAUUGCAACAAUAUUUUAUAAGCAUUUUCAUGUGGUUUAGCUAGAUUGAUGAGCAAUGUGGUAUGCAAUUAUCUGUGGAUUGAUAAUUCCGAUUUUGCUAUAUAUUACUGGUUCUUACUUUAUGCACUUGUUGGAAUGCAGAAAGUAUCCUCUUGGACCUUUUCCUAUACCAAUCUUUGGUAACUUGCACUUAUUAGGAGCAGAGCCGCAUAAAAUACUUGCUGCAUACUCAAAAAAGUAUGGAGCAGUAUUUAGCAUAAGUUUAGGAUUGCAAAGAGUUGUUAUAAUUUCCGACAUUACUACAGCUAGAGAAGCACUAGUUCAAAAAGCAUCCGUAUUUGCAGGUAGACCAAAAUCUUAUUUAAUUAAAUUAAUUUCAAGUGGGUACAAAGGCAUUGCAUUUAUGGACUAUGGUUCCUUCUGGAAAGUUUUGCGUAAAGUUGGUCAUUCUUCAUUAAAAAUUUAUGGAGAAGGACAUGAACGUUUUGAAGAGAUACUCACAAAAGAAAGUGAAGAGCUACAUAAAAGACUUUUAAUGAAAUCAAAAACUUCCGUAGAUCUGAAAACUGAAUUUGGUGCUGCAAUUAUAAACGUGAUUUGUUUCAUUGUUUUUGGGGAAAGAUACCAGUAUUCAAAUUCAGAAUUUAAAGAAGUUCUUACAACAAUAAACAAUAUAGUCGAUGGGUUGUCAAAUACAACUGCUGUCGGUUUUUUGCCGUGGUUGAGAUUUUUACCGUUUUCUCCAAUAAAAAAAAUGAGUAUUUCACUUUCAAAAUAUAUUCGUUUUUUAAACGAUAAGUUGAAAAAACAUAAGGAAACAUUUAAUGAAAACAAAAUUCGAGAUUUUACUGAUUCUAUUAUAAACUUCUCUAAUAAUGAAGCUAUCAAACAAAAAUAUAAAAACGUCGAUGAACAUUUAGAGCCUGUGAUUGGGGAUUUAUUUAUAACGGGUAGUGAGACCACAUUAACAUCUUUGUUGUGGUUAGUUCUUUAUAUGAUGCAUUAUCCUAAAUAUCAACAAGAAAUUUUUAAAGAAAUUACUACGGUUAUUGGUGAAGACCGGUACCCAUGUUUAAAUGACCGAGAUUCUUUGCAUCUUGUUAAAGCCUCAUUAAAAGAAUGUCUGCGUUUAUCUUCAAUUGUUCCUCUUGGAUUACCACAUAAAACAACAAGAGAAACAGUUCUCAUGGGACAUAGCAUUCCUGAAAAUGCAACAGUCAUGAUUAAUCAUUGGCAGAUUCAUAACGAUACUAACUACUGGGAAAAUCCUAACGAAUUUAAUCCUUAUCGGUGGAUUGGCAAAGAUAAGAAAUUUGAUCCAAGUAAAGCAACAAGUUUCUUACCUUUUUCAGCCGGUACAAGAGUUUGUUUAGGGAAAACAGUUGCUGAAAAUGAACUAUUUUUCUUCUUUUCUAGAUUAAUUCGAGAUUUUAAGUUUGAGUGCACACCUGGUUGUCCACCUCCAAGUUUAGUUGGAAAAUGCAAUAUUACUCAUGCUCCAAAACAAUUUUGCGCAUACUUGAUUCCAAGAAUAAACAAUCUUAUGUAGUUUAAAUUUUGAAAAAAUUUACCAUUAAAAAAAAAAUUCUAAAUACAUUUAUUA